AUGACCGACUACUCGAUGGCGUCGCUGCCCAACAUCACGACUACGAUCGUCGGCCACGUUAAGGACUACAAAGUCGUAGACGCCGAGGGGUCCGACGACCAGGUCAGGACGUCGUUCGACCCGACGCCAUCGUCCGAACUCGUACCCCUCGAGGACCAACCGGACGGCGCGACGCCUGCGCCGGAACUUUCUCCGUCGCUGGCCAACCCACCACCGGCAGCACUGCCGCCCCCUCUGGCAACGGAACCAGAGACCGGGGCAACGAGUCCAGCAAAGCCGAUUUCCACCGAAACGGACAACAAACUGCGGGCGUCCGGCGGUGCGAUCGCCGGCAUCGUCGUGGGCGUCGCGUGUCUGAUCUUCAUCAUUGCUGCCUUCGUGACACGGAGGCGACGGGCCACGGGCAAGCGGUUCUCCUUCCGCAAGCGCCAGUCAAUUUACGGCGACUCGCGGUCCGUGUCCGUCUCGUCGUCCAAACUCGAACCUCCAGGCGCGUUCGGGAAGCUCAAUAGCAACCGCACGACCGAUUCGGGGAAGCCAAACAUGAACGGUCUGUUCACUGCCACGCACGACGAUCCGUUCACGGUGCGCCACAUGCGCAAAGGCGGGAUCUGGGACGACCCGUUGCUCGUAGCGGCGCGCAUUCCGCUCGAAGAGAUUCAGAUCAAGGAGCUCGUGGCGCGCGGCGGCUUUGGCCAAGUCUUUACGGCCACGUACAAGGGGCAGACCGUUGCCGUGAAGACGCUGUUGCCCGAGACGGCCAAGGACAUGGACGAGAUCAAUGCCUUGUACGCCGAGAGCAAGAUCCUCGCGAAGCUCGACCACCCGUGCAUUGUGAGCUUCAUUGGCAUUGCGUGGGGAUCCCUUAGUACCGUGUGCUGUGUGACCGAGUACCUGGUCGGAGGGGACCUUCGGGCCCUGCUGAACCACUUUCUGGUCAACCAAACGCGGCCGCAAGGGUUUGACCACGACAAGGUCAAGAUCGCGCUCAACAUUGCCCAAGCACUGGCCUACUUGCACUCGCUCGAGCCUAAUAUGCUGCACCGGGACCUAAAGUCCCGCAACGUGCUCCUGACGUCCCAGUUGGAUGCUAAAUUGACGGACUUUGGCGUGUCCCGCGAGCGGUCGGACUUUAUGAUGACUAACGCCGUGGGCACGUCGCUCUGGAUGGCCCCCGAGGUCAUGUUGGGCGGCCACUACGAUGGCAAAGCUGACGUGUUUUCCUUCGGUGUGCUACUAAGUGAACUGGACACACAUCAACUGCCGUACGCGAACGUGCGAAACGCGAAUGGACAAAAGCCAACGGAGAAUACGAUUCUCCAAAAGACCUCCAAGGGGGAACUGCAGGUCGAGUUCUCCCGUGAGUGCCCCGCAGAGCUCUUGACGUUGGCCCGCGCGUGUCUCUCGGUGAACCCCCACGACCGCCCCACAGCUGCAGAUGCACUGUAUAAAUUGCAACACGCGCUCACGUCGUUCGAAGUAGAGGAAGUGGCGCUGUAA